AUGGCUAGCUCCAGCAAUGUCUCGGUUGCAUCCAACGUGCGCUGGCAAUUCAUCGAUUCUUCCAACAACAGUCGAGCCAACUUGACGCAAGUGAAACGCCAUGUUAUGCAGGAGUAUAUGCGCCAGAAGAAAGGGGUCUCUCGCCAAAGCGACAGCGAAGAAGAGCGGCCACAAGCAAGACGUGGGAGACCCAAGAACAAUCGGGUCACCAAACGAAGAGCUCCGAAGCAAGCAAGGUCGGACAAGGGUAGCAUUCACAAUGAGCCUCGAGGAAGGGUAUCAAACGGAAAGCAGCACGCUGCGCCAACACAAGAUUGCUCCAAUGUCGAGGCUAGGCGCGAUGUUCUUGCGAAGGAUGUCAUCUCAUCUAGUCCCCUGUUGGCCGAAUCUCAUGAUAUGUCCGCAUCAGUCUUGUUCCGACCAUCUUCUACCCAAUCCCAACCCCAUCCUUCCCUGAUGGGUAGCUUUGCCAGUACACCUUUACACAUUCCUCAGAGCCAUGGUCUGGAUCUGCACGAUGUUUCGUGGCCAUCGUUGCCCACAACAUCAUAUCAGCUCAUUCAAUCACCAGAUGCUGCGAUAAAUACCGCGCAGAAUUGCCCAUUCAACACCCUUUCUAGCGGGCCGGACCGAGAUGGAUCAAUACUAUCUGACUACCACGUGGAUAAUGUGACGACCUGCUCCUACGAGCCUCAUGGCCCGUCAGCUGCGGCCCACGAUUGGUAUACCGUUGCCCAUGCACCAGAAGGAACGAAAGGCAAAGUCCAAAACACCCUUCUACCCCAAUAUCGUGCCCCCAUGCUCCGGGAGCACCUUUCAAACAGCCACAGUGACAUUUCUGAUGUUGCAAUCGUCUCUUGGUUGAGUGCUGCAACCCUAGAAGACUUGAAUUCACGACCAGGGCACAAAGAACUCAGCCAAGCACACAUGCAAGCUGCAUGGCAGAUGAUUCGAGCGCGCGGCGGGCCCGCCGCGUCUGCACACACUCAUAAGCUGGCCAAUUGGCCAGACUAUGUCUUAACUGGAUAUGAGAGUCAGGAACUGGGUCUCUGUUCUGAAUACCAGCAACCAUCACCCGUCACGUCAGAGGCUUUAGCUUCCUCCCCUACUCAAUCCUUGCACUCGGUGCCGUCUCCCCCGUACUCCACAUCAACCUUCUCUGAGGUUUCGCCCGCCCCUGAAUCUCAAACAGUACUCCCAACACCCCCAACAUCAUCGCCGAGAGAUGAAUCCAAACUUCAAUGCGAAGAGUUCCUCGACUUCCUUCGGCGCUGUGAACAGGUCGCCCUCUACCAACGCGAGAACCCCCAAUCAUCAUACAUAACCCGACACACAGCAGUCCAAGAAACAUCCAUCCUCCACCAAAUCCUCGCUGCACCCCCUGAUACUCGCUUCGCCUCAUUAGAGGACCGGAAACAUGAGGCCAGCCGCUUAACAACUCUGAUGAUUCUCAAUGCUGCGCUAUGGGAUUACCGGUACACCCCAGCCCGCGCGGCACUCUUCCUCGCCAACCUCGAGAAAAUCAUGGUCGACAGCAACGUUGGCAUAACCGGCUCAGUUGAAGCCCUCCUUCAGAUUCUGUUAGAACGCAACGACGGCUCUCUCGAGAGCUGGUCAUCCACCAGUCCAGACGCCAUUGCCUCUGCUGCUGUGAUUGAGGACCUUCCGGACUUCUCACAAUACUUCCCAACAGCUACCUCGCCGGCUGCGCGUCCGUGGUUCGCCGGCCGCAUGAUGAAAAUUGCCCAUCGGCUGAGUGCUUGGUCGUGGUACCGCGUCAGUGAGCUUUUGUUCUCGUGUUUGACUCUGCAGGUGCAGGGUUCUUCGACGGCGCUUUGGGAAGCGGAUGUUCGCAAGGAGAUUCUCGAUGCGCCUGUUGAAUGGCUAUGA